AUGGCUGUCGACGCAAUGGAAAUCGAUAGCUCACCAGUGGUGACCCCAGAAGUCGAGCGCAAACGCAAGCACAAGCACAAGGAUGCUUCAUCGCCGACAAAGAAGCGCAAGCAAACCGACAAGGCCGACAAGAAAAACAAAAAAGAACACUCGAUCAAGGCCUCGGCACCUGCCACCAAUGAACACCCCAAUUCCCCAUUUUCGCUUGCUACCGCUACUCUCUACCUGCCGCUGUCGCCCAUCUCUAUCUCCCCGACCCAUGCGCUAGCCUCGCUGCUAGCAGAGCACCUCUCGCCUAUGCUCCUGACUUACUACCCACCAUUGAAGGGUGUGGUGAUGGCUUAUUCGAAUGCCUCGAUUUCCAGUCAUCCACCAUCCAAAAAUCCUAAAUCCGCCGACCAGAACCCGCAGCCGUUGACGUUGGCCAAGUCUGCCGAUGAGUACGGUGUGCUCUACGUCUACUUGACUGCUACUUUCCUCGUGUUCCGUCCCCAGCGCGGCCAGAAUCUCCAGGGAUGGGUCAAUGUUCAGUCAGAAGGUUUCCUUGGCGCUGUAGUUUUCAACCUAUUCUCUGUCGGUAUUGAGCGCAAGCGCCUCCCCAAAAACUGGACGUGGGUACCACCUGGAGAUGAUGGACCAGCCGUUGAAGAAUCUGCUGGAAAGGACAUCGCAACUACAGAUGAUGAGUCGGGUAAUUCACUGACACCACCAGGCUUCAACGCCGAGAAGGAACAGUUCCAGCCUGCCUCGUUAGCUGCAGAUGAGAUUGAUCUAGAGGGCGAGGAAGAGGAGGAAGCCUCUACAGGUCGCUUCCAUUCCGUGUCAGGCCACCACGUGCGUGGUAUUGUGCACUUCCGCGUUGUAGACGUCGAUGUGAUUCCGGGUUCGGAGCGAGACCGCGGCUUUUUGAGUAUCGAAGGAACUAUGCUAUCACUCGAGGACGAGGAGAAGCUGGUUCAAGCUGAGACUAAGGGCCACUCAUUGCCACCUUCUUUCCUCUCUUCAGCUAAGCAGACCACACGGAUUAUUCCUGUGACCAGUGAACCACCUGCAUCGGCCGUAACGGAGGUUUCCAUGAUUGAUAUCGAGGCGGGGUCAGAGUCAGAGCCCGAGCCGGAAAAGGAAAAGAAGGCGAAAACAAAGUCCAAGUCUAAAAAGAAGGACAAGAGCAAGGAGAAAUAG